AUGACUAUCAACCUCGACGGCGUUGUGAAUCCUCUCGACAAGAUCUGCCGGCCCGUUACGAAUGCCACCUCCGCGCCCCCCUCGGUCCAGGCCGACCAUGUGUCGUGCCCCGGUUGUGGUAGAAUUAUAACGGAUACAGCCACGAUCUCCAAGAUCGUCAACAUGUCUACAGGCGACGUCUCCUCCCCGCUUGUUGUGCCCCCCGGCCCGCUCGCUGCCGCGGCGUUCGAGAGCGGAAUGAGCGCGGUCGACGAACUCAAGCUUUUGAAGACCCAGGUCCAGGAUGUCGCACGCGUCUGCAACGCCGUUGCGCGCGGCGACUUGUCGCAGAAGAUUACGGUGCCCGUGCAGGGCGUGGUCAUGAUCCAGCUCAAGGACGUCAUAAACGCGAUGGUUGACAAACUCGGACAAUUCGCAAAGGAAGUCACUCGCGUCUCUCAGGAAGUCGGCACGGAAGGCAAAUUGGGCGGACAGGCACUCGUUUUGGACGUCGAAGGCACAUGGCGCGAGCUCACGGGCGUCGUCAACAAGUUGGCGGCAAAUCUCACAAACCAGGUACGGUCUAUCGCAAAGGUCACUAAAGCGGUCGCAUUGGGCGAUUUGUCCAAACAAAUCGAGGUCGACGCCCGCGGUGAGAUACUGGAACUCAAGAAUACUGUCAACGGCAUGGUCGUCCGGCUCAGAGCAUUAGCGGCAGAAGUCACACGGGUCACAAUGGAAGUCGGUUCUAAAGGGCAGUUGGGUGGGCAGGCGCACGUACCGGACGUAGAGGGAGUAUGGCUAGAGUUGACGCGGAAUGUGAAUCGGAUGUGUUCAAGCUUGACGGAUCAAGUGCGGUCGAUCGCGAAGGUGACGACAGCCGUCGCGCGCGGAGAUUUGACGCAGAAGAUCGACAUUGAGGUCGAGGGCGAGAUGCUCACUUUGAAGCGCACCGUUAAUUCCAUGGUGGACCAGUUGAGCGCGUUUGCAUCGGAGGUCACCCGGGUCGCGUUGGAGGUCGGUACACAGGGUAUCUUGGGCGGCCAGGCGCGCGUCGAGGGCGUGCAAGGCACCUGGGCAGACUUGACCAGGAACGUCAACAAAAUGGCAACGAACUUGACGGACCAGGUACGGUCCAUCUCGGAGGUCACGAAGGCCGUCGCGAACGGCGACUUGAGUCGGACCGUCAACGUUGACGUCCAGGGGGAGAUGCUUGACUUGAAGACGACCGUCAACCAGAUGGUGGCCCGGUUAUCGACAUUGGCUAGCGAAGUUACUCGGGUGUCAUUGGAGGUAGGAACCGAGGGCAUCAUGGGUGGUCAGGCUUCGGUCCCGGAUGUGCAAGGCGUCUGGAAGGGCUUGACUGACAACGUAAAUUUAAUGGCGAUGAACUUGACGAACCAGGUGCGGUCGAUCGCCGAGGUGACGAAGGCCGUCGCUGGCGGAGACUUGACGAAGCGAAUCACUGUCGACGUGCGUGGGGAGAUGCUCGAUUUGAAGGAGACGGUCAAUGGCAUGACGGAGAGCUUGAGUCUGUUUGCGGACGAGGUUACGCGUGUCGCGAAGGAGGUCGGCACGGAGGGUCUGUUGGGUGGCCAGGCGCAGGUUACGAACGUCGGCGGUACCUGGAAGGACUUGACGGACAACGUGAACGUCAUGGCGGCCAACUUGACGUUACAAGUCCGGACCAUUGCUUUGGCUACGCGUGCUGUCGCCAUGGGUGACUUGACACAGAAGGUCAUGGGCGUGUCGGUCUCCGGAGAGAUACUCGACCUCGUCAACACCAUCAACAGCAUGAUCGACCAGUUGGCUAUCUUCGCCGCCGAAGUCAAGAAGGUCGCUCGCGAAGUCGGUACCGAAGGCAAGCUGGGUGGUCAGGCCGAGGUUGGCAACGUUGAGGGUAUCUGGCAGGAGAUUACGAUGUCCGUUAACACCAUGGCGAGCAACUUGACGACGCAAGUAAGGGGCUUCGCGCAGAUCUCCGCGGCGGCCAUGGACGGCGACUUCAGCCGGUUCAUCACGGUUGAGGCGAGCGGAGAGAUGGACUCGUUGAAAACGCAGAUCAACCAAAUGGUGUCGAACUUGCGCGACAGCAUACAGAAGAACACCGCUGCUCGGGAGGCGGCCGAGUUGGCGAACAGGUCGAAGUCUGAGUUCUUGGCCAACAUGUCGCACGAAAUCCGGACACCAAUGAACGGUAUCAUCGGUAUGACGGAGCUCACCCUGGAUAGUGACCUGAACCGGUCGCAGCGCGAGAACCUGCUCUUAGUCCACAGUUUGGCCCGCUCCUUAUUAUUGAUCAUCGAUGAUAUCUUGGAUAUCUCGAAGAUCGAAGCCGGCCGAAUGACCAUGGAGCAAGUGUCUUACUCAAUCCGGCAGACAGUCUUCGGCAUCCUCAAGACCUUGGUUGUCCGCGCCUCGCAAAAUCAGCUCGAUCUCACCUACGACGUCGACCCCGACAUUCCCGACCAGCUUAUUGGCGAUUCGCUCCGUCUGCGCCAGGUCAUAACAAACCUGGUCGGCAAUGCGAUCAAGUUCACGCCUUCGAAGGUUUCCCGCAAGGGUCACGUCGCUCUCAGCUGCAGAUUACUCGCUAAGGACGACCAGCACGUGACUUUGGAAUUCUGCGUGUCUGACACUGGUAUCGGUAUCGCCAAGGACAAGCUGACCAUGAUCUUCGACACGUUCUGCCAGGCCGAUGGCUCCACGACCCGAGAAUAUGGCGGUACCGGUCUUGGUUUAUCCAUCUCAAAGCGCCUUGUGACCCUCAUGUUGGGUAACAUGUGGGUAGAGUCGGAGGUCGCAAACGGGUCCAAGUUCUUCUUCACCAUCACGUCCCAAAUCAGCCCUCUCUCGAUGGAGGCCACACUAGCCAAGAUGCAACCUUUCCAGAAGCGGAGCAUCCUCUUCGUCGAUACCAUGUUCGAUCGCACCGGUGUCGUCCAACGUGUCCUUGAGCUCGGACUCAGGCCGUAUGUCGUACACUCAGUGGCGGAGGUUGCCGACAAGACGACUUGCCCGCACAUCGACACCAUUGUCGUCGACUCGCUCAGCGUCACUGAGAACCUGCGCGAGCACGAGCACCUGCGUUAUAUCCCUAUCGUCUUGCUGUCACCGGAAUCGUGCCCUCGAUUGAACCUGAAGUGGUGCCUGGACAACGGCAUCUCCUCUCAAAUCACAACACCUGUCUCCGAGCAGGACCUCGCCUCAGCGCUGAUCUCAGCGUUAGAGUCAAAUACGGUAACGCCUGUCGUGGCCGAGAACGACGUGCCGUACGAUAUCCUGAUCGCCGAGGACAACCUGGUGAACCAGAAGCUUGCUGUGAAGAUCCUCGAGAAGUAUGGUCAUCAGGUCGAGAUUGCCGAGAACGGUCAGCUGGCCGUCGACGCGUUCAAGGCCCGCGUGCAAAGGAACAGGCCAUUCGACGUCAUUCUCAUGGAUGUUUCUAUGCCGUUCAUGGGCGGUAUGGAAGCCACGGAACUCAUCCGGACCUACGAGCAGACCCAUGGCCUGGAGCCAACUCCUAUCAUCGCGCUCACAGCGCAUGCAAUGAUCGGCGACCGCGAGAGGUGUCUGCAGGCUGGUAUGGACGACCAUAUUACGAAGCCCCUGCGUCGGAGCGAUCUCAUGAACUCGAUCAACAAGCUUGCGGGCGAGAGGAAGAUGGCUUUGGCGCGGAGUCGUGUGCAACAUCGUUCAUCAUUCCCCAUGCAGGCACUCUUGCGCGAGUUCCGAUGA